AUGUGCGGCGCUGACAUCAACAGUCUCACCCCUGAGCCCAAGCUGGAAGAGCUGGUCAGUCAGUUUGUGGAACUGUGCGGCGACACAACUGCUUUUGAGGAGGCUGCAUCAAGGCAGCUUGCAGCGGGAAGCGCGGCAGCAGGGGCAGCCAGUUUCAAUGGCGGUGAAUUGCCCAAAAAUGAGGACAGCACAGGACGCGCUCAGUCAAUUGCUGCCAAGACCAGCCCUGCAGAUACUCACAGAAGCAAGUCUCCAAGCGGCUCCUUGCAUGCCAAGGAUGAAGCGGCCAGGGCAGAGUUCAUUUUGCAGUGCGCGCUGCGCUCGAUGGCCGGAGGAAACUUCACGGCAGCUGCCGUGCGCUUUGCACGCUGCCGAGAGCGGUUAGUCACCCUGGCCGAGGCCUCUGGCGCCAACGGCUGGUCUGAGGAGACUUGCUGUCGCUUGGGGGACAUCUGGGGCUCGCAGGGGAUGUGUGAGCAGCGGCUGGGGAACUUGGUAGCGGCCGAGGAGUGCUUCAAGGACAGCCUCGGCGUUCUGCAAAAGAGCCCUGUCAGAUCCAGCCAGGUGGCGCAUGCACUGGCAGUGAGCCACAACAAGCUGGGCGACCUGCACUAUUCAAAUUCAAAUUCAAAACAGGAGCUCGAGCUUGCGCGAUCCAACUACCGAGAGGCGCUGGCAAUCAGGGAACAUGCCUUUGAUGCACCGAGACAAGGGGAUGACAGUAGUGCUGAUGUCAGCGCUGCUCUGAACCUGGUCACAUCAUUGCUGAAGGUGGCUGAUAUCGAAGAGGUGCUGGGAAAUGGCCAGGCAGCCUCAGAGUGCCUAGCAAAGGCGGAUGAUGCGCUGAUAUCAGUGUCAGGCAACAUUGUGCCUGGAUCAGCAGCUGAGGCAAAGUACCGGGGCCUGCAAGACUUCCGCAUGAAGCUGGCGGCCACAAUGGAUGCCAAGUUGCAUGACUGCACUCUGGCGUUGAUGUAUGCGUCCUGGUUUGGUUUCCCACUCUUCUUCCGUUAUGGCCUCGCCGCGGUCGUGCACUAG